GAAUGCAUCUUAUUGUGCAUUAUUGUGAGUGUUAAGUGUAAACACGUUUAUUUUAGUCUAAAAAAUCAAACAAUAAAAUGUCAUUAAUUGAAGUUGAUUUUGCAAAUGAACCAUGGCCAAUUAUUAAAGACAUUGUAUCAACAAAAAUGUACGAGCGAUUUUGCAAUGAUACAACACUAAGUAAGGAUUAUCAUGAGAUGCUAUUAAAACAAAGAGAUAUUUCUUAUUCACCAAUCUUAGAUAAAGGUACCUUAAUAGAAAUGGAUAUUACUGGUGGAAAAUACAAAUAUAAAGAGUUAAUAACAGCAAACAUGUUUCUCCGAAUGCAUAAUGAUACUACAUUGAAAGAAGAUUGGAAAGAAAUGCUUUCACUGAAAAUGAAUAUAAAAUGUAAAAAUGAUGAAAUGGAUGAAUUUAUCUAUAUUGAUAAAAAUAAAAACAAUACUUGCACUGAAACACAGUUUCCUGAAUGUAGUGAAUCUAGUUUAUCCACCUCAUUUAUAUAUACUCCGUCGGCUUUAGAUGAUGUUCAAUGGCUACCCAAAAAAACGUGGUUUUUCAUCAAAGAACGUUUCAAACGCGAAAAAAAGUUUCAGGAUCCUAAAUCUCAUGUUGAUAAAUAUUGGAAUGAAAUUCUUCAGUUAAUGAUUAGUAAUGGUUAUACGGAGUGCAAAGAAAAAGGGAUACAUGGCUUAAAAACAAAAUUUAAAAAUCUUAUGGUUACCUACAGAAGAAAUGCAGAUAAAAGACGAAAAAAGACUGGAGAAUCUUCAAUAAAAUGACCAUAUUUUGACCGUUUUGAUGAAGUUUAUGGAGAAAAGAAAAAUGUGAAUCCACCAAAAACACAUUUGGCAAGUACAUUUACUGCAACUCAAAAAAGAAAGAAAAAUGACAUAGAAUUGGCUUCAGCAGAAAACAAAGAAAAUGGAGAUGAGUUAGAUUCAGAUACAGUUGAAGUUGAAAAUGCACAAUUUAUUGAUGAUUAUACAGAUGAUUCUUCAUCUACUAAUGAAAGUACAGUACGAAUUAAGAAAAAACGACUUUCGGUAAAUGAGAAAAUGGUUGAAAUAUUGGAUAGGAAUCUUCAAACAAAAAUAGAUCAAUGACAGGAAAAAAAAGCUUUGAAAGAGUUACAAAAUAAAGCACUUAUGUACGUAGGUGACUGCGUAUAUAAUAAAAUCUUUAUGCAAUAAGAAGGAAGACAAUAAUAAUUAAAAA